UCCGUGUUCUCCUUCGUGCUCUCCCUCCUCGCUUUCGCGUACGCGCUCCCGCUCGCGGUGCGCGACGUCUUUGUCCCGCCCGUGACGAGCCCGGAUGUGGGCACCGUCUGGACGAUCGGCUCCCAGCAGAACGUCACCUGGGAUACGUCCACCGCGCCGCAAAACAUCACGAACAAGGUCGGGCAGGUCAUCUUGGCCAAGGGCGGUAAACUUGACAUCAACCACCCUCUCGCAUCGAACUUCUCCAUCCUCGAUGGCUGGGUCACCGUCACCGUCCCCAACGUCCAGCCUGACGUUGACUACACCGUCGUCUUGUUCGGUGACUCAGGUAACGACAGCGGCGAGUUUGCGAUU